GGGGGACAAAGGGCGGGCGGAUCGGCGGGGAGGGGGCGGGGCGCGGCCAGGCCAGGCCCGGGGGCUCCGCAUGCUGCAGCUGCCCCCGGGCGCCCCCGCCGCCGCCCUCGCCGCGGAGCCGCGCGGAGCGGAGCCGGCGAGCUAACCCGAGCCAGCCGGCGGGCGUCCCGGAGGCGGUGGCGCAGGGAGGGGCCCGACGCGCGCACGUGGCCCCGGCGGCCGCCAUGGCGGACAGCGGCACCGCGGGGGGCGCGGCGUUGGCGGCCCCGGCCCCCGGGCCGGGCAGUGGCGGCCCAGGACCACGCGUCUACUUUCAGAGCCCCCCCGGGGCCGCAGGAGAGGGCCCGGGCGGGGCGGACGAUGAGGGCCCAGUGAGGCGCCAAGGGAAGGUCACCGUCAAGUAUGACCGCAAGGAGCUACGGAAGCGCCUCAACCUAGAGGAGUGGAUCCUGGAGCAGCUCACGCGCCUCUACGACUGCCAGGAAGAGGAGAUCCCAGAACUGGAGAUUGACGUGGAUGAGCUCCUGGACAUGGAGAGUGACGAUGCCCGGGCUGCCAGGGUCAAGGAGCUGCUGGUUGACUGUUACAAACCCACAGAGGCCUUCAUUUCUGGCCUGCUGGACAAGAUCCGGGGCAUGCAGAAGCUGAGCACACCCCAGAAGAAGUGAGGGUCCCCGACCCAGGAGAACGGUGGCUCCCACAGGACAAUCGCUGCCCCCCAACCUCGUAGCAACAGCAAUACCGGGGAACCCUGCGGCCAGGCCUGGUGCCAUGAGCAGGGCUCCUCGUGCCCCUGGCCCAGGGAUCUCUUCCCCUGCCCCCUCAGUUUUCCACUUUUGGGGUUUUUUAUUGUUAUUAAACUGAUGGGACUUUU